UUGUACCGAAGUACAGUGAAAAUUUUAUUUUACAUAUUGUUCACAUAGAUGAAUUUAUUACACAGUGCAUUGAUGUCAUACAAGGUAAAACAAUAACAGAAUGCAGAAAGUACGGUGCAGGUGGACAAUAGGUGCAAGGUCAUCUUAUUGUACGAAGGAACCGGUCGGUCAGUAGUCUAUAACGAUAGAAGCUGUCCUCGAGCCUGGUGGUACGCACAUCCAAGGUGUUGUAUCCUGCCCAAUGGAAAGACAGCACGUUUGGGGUGGGUGGAAUGGUCGACUAUGCUGGCUGCUUUAUCAAGGCAACAAGAGGUGGAAGGAGGGAGGGAAGGCUGUUUUCCAUGAUGUACUGAGCUGUGUUGACAAUUUUCAACAGCUUCUUGCAGUCACGAGCAGUUGCUAUGUCAAAGCAUGAAUCAUCCAGAAAAGAUGCUUCCUAUGGUGCUUUGCUGAAGGUCAAAUCCAACAUACCAACUUUUCCUUUCACCUCUUGAGGAAGUACAAGUUGUGGUGCGCUAUUUUGGCGGUGGCAUCAAUGUGGUUGAACAGGACAGGCUAAUGGCAAUGUUCACACCUAGGAACUUGAAACUCUCCACCCUCUUGACCUCAGCAACGUUGAUGCAGACAGGAGCACAUAUGCCACCUCCCAUCCUGAAAUCAAUGACGAGCUUGUUUGUUUUUCUGACACCGAGGGAAAGGUUGUUGUCAUGACGACGGGUUACUAAGCUGUCAGUCUCCUUCCUGUACUCCAACUCAUCAUCAUAUGAGAUAAAGCCCACUUCUGGCGGUGUCAUCUGCAAACUUGUGGGUGGAGACAGAGCAUAAUCUGGCCUCACAGACAUGAGUGUAUGGCAAGUAGAAUAGUGGACUGAGAACCAUCAGACUUUGACUUGAAUGAAUCCCCUCUUUCACAUCAUCUUCCACUGAUGCUGCUAUGUUCCUCAACCCCUAACUCUACCUCUUCCGUUAUUGUCACUUUAUCAUUUAUUUUUACACUAAUUAUGUUUGUAUUACUUACUACAUUUUACACUAUUCAGCUGUUUUCUGUUUAUUUAUUGUUACAUUUAUUUUUGCCGUGUAUAUUGUUAACUCUGUGAGUUCCACAGCAGCAGGCAAGAAUUCCAUUGCACCCUAGUGUAUGUGAUAAUAAACUAAUACGACUCCGAUUGUAUAAUGUCUCGGUGGACUCCCAAAUUGUGGUUCUGGAGAAAACUGCCUCCCUCAUCAUAAAUAAAGCUUGCAGUUGUGCAAACAGGGGUUUAUUUUAACGUCUCAUUCGAUCGUUUGCGCCUAAAUCAGCAGUCUCCCAUUUGACACAUUGACUGCUACUCAUUUAAAUUACGAGUUGUAUUCUUUACAGAAAAGUUUCACGAGUUGCUUUCUCUCCAGUCACUUUCCAGCUUGGUGUCCUUUCUCUGAUUUUCUCCCUCUCUGCAUCUGUUCUUCUAUUUCCUUUUUUCUUUCUCCUUUAACCUUCUUUCCUUGUUAUCUCAUUUCCCCUCUGCCCGCUAGCCAAGUGCAGCCGGCCCCGAGACCGCGGUCCCAGCCGCCGCCGCCGCCGCCACGGAAACAUGUCCGGACAGGUUCAGCCCACUUGCCUCUGGGGAAACCUCGCCUCCUUCGCCGCCGACAUGAGGAAAAUGAUUAACGCGCCCGAGUUCAGUGAUGUAAAGUUCAUUGUUGGAAAGGAGAGGAAAGUGGUUUAUGCUCAUCGCUGCAUCUUAGCGCACCGUUGUGAGGCAUUUAGCUCCAUGUUCGCCCAGCAGCCUCUGUCACGUGAUGCAAAAGGAGUUGACAUUCCAUUUGUUGUUUCAGAUGUGCAGCCAGAUGUCUUCCUGGCUGUGAUUGAGUUUCUCUACACAAACUCCGUGAUGCUGAGCAGCAAAAUGGCUCUGGAAGUAUUGACAUCAGCAGUGGAAUACGGGCUUGAUGAUCUUCAGAAGCUAUGCAUGGAUUAUAUCAGCAGCACACUUACAGUAGAAUCUGCCUGUGAAGCAUUGCAGGCAGCGGUGACAUACAGACAGACUGACAUGAAAGACAAAUGUUUGACUUUCAUCCAGAGCCACACUAAAAGUAUUGUGAAGACCCAAGGCUUCCAUGAACUUUCUGAUCCUGCCAUGCUUGUUAUUCUGCAAAGUGACUUGCUCACUAUUGAUGAGCCUGAUUUAAUUAACUUUGUCAGAGAAUGGGCACAUGUUAACUCAGUAGUUCUUGACAAGUCUGUACCAGAAAUAGCAAAGGAAGUUGUUCGUGAAUUACGCCUUUUUCUAUUGACCCCUGAUGAGCUGACGGCAUUGGAAGUGGAGAACAAGAAAGACAACUUAAUUCCUGUACCAUUAACUACUGAGUACAGGAAUCUGUUUCCAAUCAGUAGUGCACUGAACCUGCAUAAGUGAAAUUGUCAGUGUUACAAUCCAUACUUCGAAGGAAAAUAACUUAUGGAGUGAAACCAAGGUAAAUUUGUCCAUACUGUUAUUAGUUCUACUUCAUGUGAUUAGCAAAUAAAAGAAAUAAAUCACGCAAUCUAUUCUUUAGCUGACAUGUAAAAGAUAUAGCUUUUAACAUGAUACUUGUGUAUCCUUCAUAAGAGAGUUAUGAUUUCACAAGAAUUUCUGUCUAAGGUCAUUCAUCAUUAAUUUCUGAGAUCAUCUUUGGACCAGUCAAACUGUAUUGUGAUCAGAGCACAACUAGCAGCCGCUAUUUAAAUAUUCCUUUAGUUAUUAUGAGCAAAUAUGAAAUAAUAUCCAGAAGUUUUUGAUUCAGUUCUUCCACUGUACCAAUUAAAUUUAAAAUGCAUUAUUGGAUUCAUGAAAUAUGUUUGAAUGAUGAUACUAAAACCAUCUGUUGAUUCUUCUCUCUAUGAAUAUUACUCAUGGGAUUAAAAACACAGAAACUAUUGGAAAGGUUCAUUAUCUUGUUAUCUAGAACUGUGAGUGCCUUAGUGCUUUGAUCACCUUGUUAAUGCUACAGGUCAUUGGCAAGACUAAAGUGUUUCCUUUCAACGUAAAAGGUCAAAUUAUAGGAAUCAAAUAUCUUGGUGUACCAACAUCGUAGAAUGAAAAGAUCAGGACUUUUAUCUUAUUUUCUAUUCUCUAGCAUUGGGAACACAAUCUCCUUCGCUCAUUGCUGAAAACUAUUCUGACCAAGAGUUACAAAGAAAAUAUUGACCUAUUUUGAUUUCUAUUUUAGAACAUAUUGUAUGCUCUAAAUGUGUCAAGAGGAAACCAAGAAAGGUUUCGACUGUUUAAAGUUGGGUCUUUAAAUUUCCAGUGAUUUAUUUGCAUGUCAUGUGGGCUGUAAAAAUAAAUCUUUAUCUUCGGUAAAUCUUGAAUCAAAUGUGAUUCUACUUUAAAAUGUUAAUAAAGUCUGCUUUGAGCGAAUAUAAAUGAACUUCUCUGA